UACUUUAUUUGUUUUUUUAAUUGUGUGAUGCUUUUGAGCAACGUCUGGCACAUGACUUCCUUCGGUCCCUCCAAUCCAGCAAUCCAGGCUGUGUUUUUCUUUUGCUCCAGCAGGGUGGCGAGUGGACAGUGAGUCUGUCCAGCUUGUUAGUGGAAAGCAUGGAGUCAGCAAGCGUCUCAACAGCAUCCCUGAGCAUGGUGGUGGUGAUGAUGGUCGUCUCCUGAGCCUGGCAUGUGAGGAGUGUUAGUGGCAAUUUCAACCAGGAUCCAUCCUGGAGAUUGUUUUUGAUUGGGGGUAGAUAAUACCACUUUCCUGAGAGUCUGCCAUGGACUUCAGAGUUUCUCUCUUGUUGCCUCUUUCCCUUUGGCUUUGGGGGUUUGUGUCCUCUGAACAGGUCAGUGUCUGCUCCUCUUCCCCAUGUAAGAAUGGAGGGACCUGCAUGGACUUGGAAGAUGGCUAUAGGUGCCUCUGUCCUCAGAGCCCCUUAGCCUAUGCAGGGGAAGACUGUGACUCUCUGUAUGAUGUAUGCGCUGGACACCCUUGUCCAUCAGGGUGGGUUUGCAGCAGGACACCUGGGUACUUGAAUUACACCUGCCACUGUGAGCCAGGGUUGAAAGGUCUCUCUUGUAGCGUUGAAGGUGAUGAGUGUAAAAGCAGUCCUUGCCUGCAGCCUGAUUUUGAAUGUAUCAGGAUUUCCAGUGGGUUUGGCUGCCAGUGCCAGAGUGGAGAUGGCUGCGAAGCUGAGCUUUCUGUUUGCUCCAGCCGACCCUGCCGCAACAACGGGACCUGCAUUGAGAACAAUGGGGGAUAUACCUGUGAAUGCCAGCCUGGCCACCUGGGGCUCCACUGCGAGGAGGAUGUGGAUGAAUGUGCCUCAAGUCCAUGUCAAAAUGGUGCCAUCUGCCUCGACAGAGUCAAUGAGUACAACUGCUUCUGCGUGCCAGGCUUCCAAGGCCACCACUGUGAAAUAGACAUCAACGAAUGUGCCUCCCGGCCUUGCCGACACAACAGCACCUGCCUCAACCUGAUGGACCACUACGCUUGCGAGUGCCUGGCUGGCUACACAGGUGUGAACUGUGAAGUGGAAAUUGACGAAUGUGAAUCAGAUCCUUGCUGGCAUGGAGGCACCUGCAAUGACUAUAUUGGGUUCUUCACCUGUUCGUGUAUGCCAGGAUAUGAGGGACCCGAGUGUGAAGUAGACGUUGAUGAGUGCCAGAGCCAACCUUGUCUCAAUGGAGGCACAUGCCGUGACUUUGUCAACAGUUAUCAAUGUGACUGCAUCAACACUGGCUUUGAAGGAUCAUAUUGUGAGCUGGACAUCUUGGAGUGUGCUUCUCAGCCUUGCCAGAAUGGUGCUACCUGCUUAGAAGGGGUUGGACUCUACCACUGUGUUUGCUGGCCAGGGUAUAUGGGGGAGCACUGUGAAGAAGAUGUGGAUGAGUGUGCCACAGAUCCAUGUCUCAAUGGUGGUGAGUGCUUUGAACGGUCUAAUCAGAGCUACUAUGGGAAAUACAAGGACUUCCCUGAGCAGUUCAGCUAUGAAGAAGCUGCUGGAUUUAUCUGCAGAUGCCCUCCUGGUUUUGAGGGAGAGGUUUGCUCCAUCAACAUUAACGAAUGCAUGUCCCAACCAUGCCAGAAUGGAGGAAGCUGUAUAGAUCUGGUGAAUAGUUAUCUGUGUCACUGCCUGCCAGGCUAUUCAGGUGUUGAAUGUGCCACUGAUAUUGAUGAGUGUGAAGACAACCCCUGCGAAAACGGCGGUGCCUGUGAGGAUGGCAUUGCUGACUACAUCUGCCAUUGCAUCCUUGGCCCAGAUGGCACUGCCUGGGGUGGGAAGAACUGUUCUGUGGAGCUCACUGGGUGCCAGAGUCACAGCUGCCAAAACGAGGCCUUUUGCAUCCCCACCUACAAGUCUGAGGUCCACGGAUACCUGUGUCGAUGCCGCCCUGGAUACUUCGGCCCCCUGUGUUCCACACCAACCACCUUCUCCUUCACAUCAAGCAUUUACCUCUUUAUCAACAUGUCUGCAAACAGUGAGAGCCCAAGUGACAUAGCAAAGGGUCCCCUAACCAGCGUGUCGCUCCGGUUCCGGACCACCCUUCCUGAUGCCAUUCUGUUCUAUCGAGGCCACCAGAUGGAACACCUUUACUUGGAGCUCUCUGGAGGACUUCUGCGUGUCACAUUUUUGAUACAUGAAGCCACAUCAUCUUUUACCAUGGACGCACCACAGGUGGAUGAUGGCCAGUGGCAUAAAACUGAGGUCCUUCUGCAAGAUUCUCUUGAGCUCAGGCUGUGGCAUGAAUCCUGUGAGGCAGGUGUCUGUCUCUUCAGACACCCUCUUAGAGAGACAGUCCCUGUUUCCCUCCUGCCCUCCUUCCUGCAAAUUUAUAUUGGGGGAGUUGAUGAGGAGUUAGUGGCUCGUCCCACAAAGAGUUUCAUCGGCUGCUUAGAAGACUUGCAGAUUGACACGAAGAUUGUCCUCCCACAGGAUGUGGCUGGAUUGCAGUCUUCUGGAUUCCAGCUUGGCUGUGAGAGGACGGAGUGGUGUCUCUCUGAGCCUUGUUCACAUGGUGGCCAGUGCAUCGAUCUCUGGGCGGACUUUCGCUGCCACUGUUCUCGGCCUUAUGAAGGCCGGAUGUGCUCUUAUGAAUCUCCUGCAGCAACAUUUGGCCAAGACAACUCCUUGAGCUUUGCCAGUUUUACAAUUAGCAACAAUCUUGGAGUGAACCUCAACCUGUCAUUUUUCAUCCGGACUCUAAAGCCCAGUGGCCUGGUGUUCCAGAUCAGCAACCCAAGUGACAUGUUCCUUACCGUGUACCUGAAAGAUGGGCAGCUCCUGGUAGAGGCACCGUCUGCUGCUCCUGUCGGGCCUUCUGGAUACCUGGCUGACGGGACAAAGCACUUUGUAAUGCUUUCCUUCCAGGACGGUCUUGCUCACGCUAUCCUUUUAGACAGAGAGGAGGCACUAGGACCUCUGGUGGUGACUCCUGUCCUCGCUGGCUCCAAGAUUAAUAUAGGUGGGCUCCCGGACCAAGAGAGCAUCAGCAACUGGGGAGGGCAUUUCAAAGGCUGCCUUCAGGAUGUACAGCUCAAUCAUCACCAGCUGCAGUUUUUUGCACAUCCAGCCAAUAACAGUUUUCUGCAAGAGGUGUAUGUGGGGCAACCCACUAAUGUUGUUUCAGGGUGUGUCUCAGAUGAUACAUGCAAGUCUGAACCAUGCCUCAAUGGCGGCCACUGCACUGUCACCUGGAAUGACUUCAACUGCAGCUGCCCCAGCGACUUCACUGGCAAGCACUGUGAGGAGAAAGUGUGGUGCAAAAGUGAGCCAUGUCCUCAAGGCACAACCUGCAUCGAUGUCCUGUCUGGCUACGUUUGUCUGGCCAGUGCCACCUUCUACGAGCAUAAUGCAGUUGAAUUCUCCACCAACGCAACCAUCACCAGGGCUCUGCACAGUCUCCGCCUGGACUUCAGAACACGGGAUGAAGAUGCUGUCUUGCUCCAAGCUGUAGAAGAGAUAGAUUCUCUCUUGGUGGCAAUUCAUAACUCAUCUCUGUUGGUGGAGAUCAGGAGUGGGAACGGUGUUGAGGGAGUGAACUUCCUGAGCGAAGUGUCUGUCUCAGACGGCUCCUGGCAUGAGCUUGUGUUGUCCAUGGAAGAGCCGUCAGCCCUUUCAUCGAGGUGGCACCUCUGUCUGGACAGCUCCAUGAACACAACCCUUGACGGGAAUGCUGGGAAUCUGGACUUCCUGAAAAGCAAGACCAUUAUCAUACUAGGCAAAAACUUCACAGGCUGCCUUGGACAUGCAGAUAUAGGCGGCGUGUUUCUGCCACUGGCUAUGCCCAACACAUAUCCCCAGCCAGAGCAGUUCUUACAGAUAAACAGCGCAGAGGCUCUCCUUGGCUGCCACGGGGCAGAGGUCUGCUCCCCCAGCCCAUGCCAGCACGGGGGCUCUUGCCAGGAUCUUUUCAAUGCCUUCAGCUGUGCCUGCAGUCCUGGCUGGGAGGGGCUGCUGUGCCAGAACAACAUCGAUGACUGCAAAUCCGGCCCCUGCCUUCACGGGGAGUGCAGGGAUGAGGUGGGAGACUUCCAGUGCGAGUGCCACAAGGGCUAUAUUGGGAAGCGUUGCCAGAUCAACGUGGACGACUGCAUAAGGCACCAGUGCCAGAAUGGAGGGACCUGCAUCGAUGGGGUCUACAGCUACUCCUGCAAGUGCCCGCCCCAGUUCACAGGCCCUCUCUGCGAGUGGCCAUUCCCACCUGAACAGUGUGGCAAGAACUUCACCUGUUUGAAUGGGGGCAAAUGUAUCAGUGGGCCCUGGGGAGCCAACUGUACCUGCAAACCAGGCUACACAGGGAGAAAGUGCCAGAUCAACAUCAAUGAAUGUGACCCCAACCCCUGCCAGAACGGAGGGACCUGCCAAGAUUCAGUAAACCGGUACCGGUGUGUGUGCAGUGCCAGCUACACUGGAGAGCGCUGUGAUGUGGAUCGCCCAGCUUGGGCCCAAGUCAGCAGUUCCACGCUGGUGGGAGCGGUAGGAGCUGUUGGCGCCAUUGUGCUUAUUGCCAUCUUUGCUGCCUCGGUUGUUGCCAUGAAGAAGAGGAGGGCAACUCAAGGAACAUACAGCCCAAGCCGCCAGGAGAAAGAUGGCGCACGAGUGGAGAUGUGGAAUGUCAUUAAGUUGCCACCUCUGGAGCGGCUGAUCUGAAUGCCAGUUGAAGAAAAAGCGGCUGCGGUUGGAAAUCCAAAGGGCAAAGCCUCACGCUGUUUCUCUGCUGUGCUCUCCGGAGGCAAUUUUGUCUGCAGCGCGACCAGCACGCCAGUGACGUAGCAGAAAAGCCAGCAACACAAUGGAUAGCCUGUGACAACACGCAUUUGGUGAAUGGCAAGCCAGCAAUGCAGGGACACAAAAGAGCAUUCCAGAAUCGGAGGUUCUGCUGUCAGUCUGCGCAGAUACGUGUUCAGUGGCCUGUACUGCUCAUCUGUUUACAGCCAGAGACUGAGCACCAGCCAGGACUGGGAACUCAGAACAAACUGUGCAGCAGCCGUUAGUCAGACGGUGGCUGGGAGAUAGAAAAGAGCUGAAUAACAAAGACUGGAGUAAGCACUUUUGUGUGUGACCCAAUUAACACAGCUUCAAAACCCACAGAUGAACAGUCUUCCUGGCUUUUCUACUUACAACUGAACAGAACAUUUGUAAUCCUCCCCUCCCACCAGCGGCGGCAGGGGGGGAGGGAGGGUCACAUGUUACCUGCUUGGGUGACCCACUUGAUUGCAAUCAACUGCCAAGGAUGAACCACAGCACCGUGGCCUAAAGUGCCUUGUAAACAAGUUACCUGAGACAGUAUUAACUGUUUAACCGUGAACAAGAAGACCAUUUGGCUUCUUCCUGGUUUCCCUCUACUGACAGCUACCUUUUUUUUGCACACAGAAUAAGAGAUCCUGACCAAAACUCUCCUCAGGAUCAUGUUGUGGGCUGUUUUACAAAGUCCUCAUUCACAAGGGAGGUUUCAAGUUGUCUAUACAAAAGUGAAGUUCUUCUUGCUUUGUUUUGUUUUACAUUUAUCCCAGAGCUUCUGGUUCCUCAAGCUGUUAGGGUCAUUCAGGACCAAAACUUCUCCACGCAAAACAAGGAUGGCAUGGACAGACACGCACGGGGCAAAGGGCAGAGAAUCCUUAUAUAGAAGGAGGGGGACAGACUGAGGAGACCUUGACCCACGAACAUUCUCACUUCUUUUUGUCAUGGAAGAGAAGGGUGCCCUUUGUAACAUGAGGCAUUCACAGGGACUUUCUGAGAGCUAUAUGCCAGCUCAGUAUACCCCAUGGUAGCAAAAUGAGGCAGCCUGGCUGGAUUGGAGUAAUCAGUCCCAAAGGGAGAGGGUAACUGACCAACAGUAUUUUAUCAUUUAUGUGCACCAGCACAAGCCCUGGGCACAUGGUUUCUUCUUGGUACAGCCAAGGUCAGGCCACAGAAGCAAUGGGAGGGCAAUGGUGCCCCCUGUCCAAAAAGAGCACUCACCUUUUGUUGAGGGAGAACAGAUUUCACGUCUUGUGCCAUGUACCACCUGCAUGCGCGUGGCCAACUGGAGCCUAGAACAAUUAGCAUUUCAGUGCUAUUGAAACUAAUGGCAAUAAGUAAUAUUCUAGCAAAAUAUUAUUGUUCCAAAAGCCAAAGCCCUGUUUGAUCAGGAGAUGUGUGAAUUCCCACAGACAUUUGCAGGAAGAAAAGACCAGGCUGCUUUUCUGCUUGCUAUUCCUGCUCAGAAAAAACAGUCAUGGGCAGGCUGUCUUCAAUAUUUUGGAAAUGCAAAAGGGAAUUGAUUCUGUGAGAAGAGGCAGGAGCUGUGUACCACUUGCUCUGCAGAGUGAGCCCACCUCUCACACCACUUUGGAAAGGCCACGUGGCUUCCUCUCCAACUGAAUGCUUACAACCAGGCCUGAAGCCCCCAGCACGAUCCAGUUAGACAGAAAUCAGCUAGACACUGACAGGAUGAAGCCAGAGACAGGACAAAGCCAAAAAAGGGUUUCUAAGUCCAGCAGUAACAGCAGGAUCCCAAUAUUCUUUGUCACAUUAACGGAAUCAUUCAUUCCCUGCAACUGCAGCACAACAAGAAAAGGUGCACACCUGGUAUUCUCAACGAGCUUUGGUAUAGGUGUCUUUAAGGAGGUAUAAAACAUAAGAGUAGAUGCAAACUAAGCAGGUGCCUUGACAGAGAUCACUGCAAGGAAAAUUUAAAAUAGAUGCCUAUGAUAAAUGUCUAGCUGGAUGCUAUGGGAGAAAAACAUAACCUCUGCCUCAAAGGACGAAGAGGGGGAAAAAAAACUUCACCACACCUCAACUAUAAUGAUAGUCAGGCCUUGAGUACAGAGCAAGAUCCCUAGGCCCAUCAGCUGAGAACCAGGGUCGUCUUGUUCACCCUCCUCAAAAGUCAGAGGCCUCAACGAGAGAAGUGAGUUAAUGGGCUAAGGAGGAAUCCACUGCCCCUUGAAGGCCAAAACAAAGAACUCCAGGGCAGCCCCCAAUUCUGGAGCCAACAGGGAGUGUAGCCCACUUGGUGAUAAUCAAGACCACUUGCUGUGAGAUGAUCAGGGAGACCUUCUUCCCGUACUGAAGGAGUAGGGACCUGUACCACUGGAGGGAAUAUAACUAGUAUCAACACAGAUUGAAGGAGACACAUUCCACCACCCCAAAUGAAUCAGCCUCUCACCACUGUUUCUAUGUGGCAACAAGCCUAGACUACUCAGCUCAGCAAAGGAGUCCCAUUUCAUUGCACCAGAACGGGUUAGUGAGCCAGUCUCCACAUACAUAGCCUACUCCCAAGUGAUCUGGAAGUAGUCUACUAGGUGUCCUCCACGUUCCUAGCACCAUAAAGACACACUCCUGCCAUGGAUGUCAAUCUGUGUUUUUAGCCAUCCUGCUGUUUAACUUAUGGAUGUAUUUUUGUUUUCCACUGUGAAUUUUAACAUACUUUUGAUAUUUGAUUUUGGGUAUAUUUUUUCACAAAAAUAAUUUGCUACAGACUAUGAAAUGCUUUUAAAAAAAAGACUGGUGAAUGUUGUAAUAAAAAUUUGCAUCACUGUGUACAAAUUACAUUGCUCCACGCAGGCAUUCAUUCACAGUUAAAAAGGAAGGAAGAGCGCAGUAUGAAGUCUGAGGAAGCUCUGGAAACCCACCCAAGACUAACACCAGCUCCCUAGCCUAUCCGAGGGUGUGACUUUUGGUAAUUGAUGUGGAAGGGCUGACAGCAAAGACUAUCCCCACCGCUCAAAGCAUAAACAGUUUGCACUAUUUUCAAGCAUUUUAUUGCCAACAGUUUCUCUUUCAGUAAUUAGUCUUUAUGAAUGUGCUGUGAUAUCACAGCAGCUCUACCAGUGGUUAGAUCGGCAAUAUAAUUUGUUAAAAAAUCCGAUUUCGUCCUCUUGGCAGAUAAGCACCUAAGCAUUCUGACUUCAGUUAGCACAUUACAGGGACAGCUUCCAUCUAUCUUUCCAGUACAUCCUGAGAUCAUAUGUAGAGAUGCUUCAUGCCACAGACUAGAGGAGGAACAAACAAUACCUGAUCACCAGGAGGUUGGCUUGAAAGUAAGUAUUUCUGACAGAUUGAGAAAGUUGUGAAGAAUCAUUUCCUUGUUUCUAAUGUGACUCAGCACAAUCCUAUUGUGAAUUAUCUUGAAUGUUUACAUGCCCCAAGUGUUCUCUCCUCUAUCAAUGCUGCUCUUACCAACUAUGCUAAGCGAGUUGGGCCUGCUAGUUUUGCUACUACUGUAAAUAACUAGUUCAGAUGCUUGAUUUUACCAGUAGUUUUGAAAAACAGUGGCUGAAAUCCUGUUCAUGUAGUAAGGCUGAUGAUGUCAUCAGCCACUACAAUUUUUCAGAAAUAAAACAUUUCUUAUUUCUCCCUGCAAGGUUCUGAGACUCCCAUGGAACCCCUUUCAUAGUCAGCAAGCUGUUGGGAGCUACAGGACAGAAAAGGCUACUGAAAAUCAUUGCCAGCAGAAUGA